AGAGGCGGGGCUGGGGGAAAUGUUGGGGUAGAAGGGGUUGAGGAUUGUUGCCGCUGUCGCGGCGUUGGACGCGGAGAGCAGCUGUCACGGUUCUCGGAUGUAGUGUCGUCGCCGCCGCCAUGAGCUACACAGGCUUUGUCCAGGGAUCUGAAACCACUUUGCAGUCAACAUACACAGACACCAGCGCUCAGCCCACCUGUGAUUAUGGAUAUGGAACUUGGAACUCUGGGACAAACAGAGGCUACGAGAACUAUGGCUAUGGCUAUGGCUAUGGCCAGGAUAACACCACCAACUAUGGGUAUGGUAUGGCCACUUCAAACUCUUGGGAAAUGCCUAGCUCUGACACAAAUGCAAACCCUAGUGCCUCGGGUAGCACCAGUGCCGAUUCCGUUUUAUCCAGAAUUAACCAGCGCAUAGAUAUGGUGCCACACUUGGAGACUGACAUGAUGCAAGGAGGCAUGUAUGGCUCAGGUGGAGAAAGAUAUGACUCCUACGAGGCCUGUGACUCGAGGGCCGUCCUGAGUGAGCGUGACCUGUACCGGUCGGGCUAUGACUACGGCGAGCUUGAUCCUGAAAUGGAAAUGGCCUAUGAGGGCCAAUACGAUGCCUACCGUGACCAGUUCCGCAUGCGUGGAGGCGACACCUUUGGUCCCAGGGCUCAGGGCUGGGCCCGGGAUGCCCGGAGUGGCCGGCCGAUGGCCUCGGGCUAUGGGCGCAUGUGGGAAGACCCCAUGGGGGCCCGGGGCCAGUGCAUGCCUGGUGCCUCCCGGCUGCCUUCCCUCUUCUCCCAGAACAUCAUCCCUGAGUACGGCAUGUUCCAGGGCAUGCGUGGCGGGGCCGCCUUCCCAGGCAGCUCCCGCUUUGGCUUUGGAUUUGGCAAUGGCAUGAAGCAGAUGAGGAGGACCUGGAAGACUUGGACCACAGCUGACUUCCGGACCAAAAAGAAAAAGAGGAAACAGAGUGGCAGUCCUGAUGAGCCAGACAGCAAAGCUACCAGGACGGACUGCUCAGACAAUAGUGAUUCAGACAAUGAUGAUGGCACAGAGGGGGAAGCUGCAGAUGGCACCGAAUGCACUGAGGCUAUGGAGAAGGGCUCCAGAGCAGAAGGAGAGGACGAGGAGGGAAAGGAGGAUGGGAGAGAAGAAGGCAAGGAAGAUUCAGAGAAGGGGGCCCUGACCAUCCAGGAUGACAGCAGCCAGGCCAAAGGCAAAUUGCUGGCAAACAAGAAGAGCCAAGAUAAGCAGAAAAAGCGGCAGCGAGACCGCAUGGUGGAAAGGAUCCAGUUUGUGUGUUCUCUGUGUAAAUACCGGACCUUCUAUGAGGAUGAGAUGGCCAGCCACCUUGACAGCAAGUUCCAUAAGGAACACUUUAAGUAUGUAGGCACCAAGCUUCCAAAGCAGACGGCUGACUUCCUGCAGGAUUAUGUCACCAACAAGACCAAGAAGACAGAGGAACUCCGGAAAACCGUGGAGGAUCUUGAUGGUCUGAUACAGCAGAUCUACAGAGACCAGGAUCUGACCCAAGAAAUUGCCAUGGAGCAUUUUGUGAAGAAGGUGGAGGCGGCCCACUGUGCAGCCUGUGACCUCUUCAUUCCUAUGCAGUUUGGGAUUAUCCAGAAGCACCUCAAGACUAUGGAUCACAACCGGAAUCGCAGGAUCUUAAACUUAGGGAUAGGAGUUACUGAUGAAAAUUAUCAAACUGCCUUCCAAAAACCAUGUAAAGAGUUAUCCCACCAACAGAGAAGUCUCUUUACAGUCUUCGCACUGCUGCAAGUAUUUCUUCAUUUCCUGAAUCCUACAGGUUCAAAGGACGUAUUUUUCUUAAAUGUACUGUUUGACUGUGUUUCUGUCUUUAAAUAUUCUCCCUCUUGAUCCUAAAUUGCUAUUUGCACGAUAGGGCAGUUGAUUCCUUAUGGGUUGCACAUUUGGCUUUUAAAAAUAGUUCUUUUUUCUUUUUGUGGUACCGGGAUUGAAUCCAGGAUCUUCAUCCUGAGCCACAUACUCAGCACCCCCCCCCCUUUUUUUUUCUUUUUUGGUACCGGGAAUCAAACUCGGGACCCUGAGCUUUCGAGGCAGGCGCCGGAACCACUGAGCUAAAUCCGCGGCCCUUCAGCCCUUUUUUGAGACAAGAUUUUCCCUUAAUUGCUCAGGCUGGGCUCCGACUUGCUUUCAAUCCUCCUGCCUCACCCUCCUUGAGUGCUGGGAUUACAGGCAUGUGCCUCCAAGCCCGGCUUAAUAGCUGUCAUAUAUGCAUAUCUCUAUCUAUCUUUAGCCACACAGUAAGUAUGAAAGGACGGAGCAUUUGAACAAAAAA